GAGACCUGAAAGAGGAGAAACAGUCCACAGAAGGGCAGGCAGAAAGCAGCAAGGCUUCAUUCUGUCCUUUUUGUUCUGUCCACGGUGCAAGCCUAUUGGUUGGUGUCACCCAAAGCCCGGGUGGAACUCCCUUCGCCAGCAACCCCAUCACCCAGUACUGUAUUAAACCAAUGAGCGGGCUGAUCUAGUUAUAAAACACCCAUGAUCCAGUUACUCUUAAAAGCCCCACCUGGGAACACACGAGGCUUUGGGGGGAUAUUUUAUAUAUAAACCGUAACACUUUGCAGGAUAUUUCUAGUUCUCAAUACAGGAGGGCAGUUAUUCCUCAUUUUACAUACAUAUGAGGACACUGAAGCUCAAAGAAGUCAAGUAACUCACAUUCAGGCUCCGUGCACCUGGCCCCCAAUCCGGGCUUAAAUCCUCCAGUGGCUCCACUGCUUCACCUUGGAGAGCAUGGCAGCCCCAGUCACAUGGUAGCAGGGCACUUUGCCAAUUUUGGCAUUGUCUUUGGCCCCACAAGUGUGGUGGGGUUGGAUCUGAGGCAGUGGCCUGGAUCUGCCAUCCUCUGAUUGAGCAGCACCAUUUCCUUCAAGGCUUUUUGACUGCAUUCCAGCAAGGCCAAGUUGCUCUCCUGUCUAGACCUUCUCCAUCCCUUCUCCAUCCACGAGAAUGCCCUAGUGCAUCUCUCUGUUCAUGCCCGUUGACCAUGUGUCGGUGCCGUGUGCUCCACUGUGUCACACUCAGUGAUGGAGGGUUAAGAUCAGAAAGAAGUGAGUGGGAGCUGGGUUCGAAAUUGGGAAGUUUCAGUUAUGGUCCUGCUCCUGCCCUAGUAAAGCAUGUGAUCUGGGGUCUCAUCUGCCUGGAUCUCAGUUUUCUUUUUCUUGUCUCUAAUGAAGAUUAAAGUAGAAGGUGUCACAUGGUUCUGCUUGCUCAGGUACACCACUUUUUUACCCCUCGGUGCUGGGAUCGUAGUAGCGCCUCUGGCAUGCCACCCAAGUGCUCUACCACUGAGUUAAGCCCAGGUCCCUACAUAGCUCUCUUCCGUGGUUCACACUAUUUCAUGCAUUUUCCUUGUCUGCCAGUUGGAUUGUAAGUUCUUUGAGGGGAAACAUCAUUUCCUAUAUUCGCCUCAUAUGCCAAUAUAUUAUCUUAUCAUACAUGUAUUAUAUGCUCACAUUAAAAAUUUUAGAGUAUAAAAAAUAUGAAUAGAAAACCAAACUCAGUUUCUCCUAUACCAACACUCUCCUAACACUUCUCAUACCAAGGUAAGGGGUUUGUCCACCAAGCAAGUCGUGCUGCAGAUGGAGACCCCAGCUGGUGUCCUUUAAUUCACCUCCGUUCUGACAGGAGUGAGACAUGGGGUGUGGAGCUCCCAGUCCUCUCAGGCUCCGCCACCCUUCGGGAAGCUCCGUGUAUUCAGCGGUCCGGCUUUCUCAGUGCUGCUGGGUUCUUCGGGAGGUUGCACUGCAUAGGCAAGGUUGAUUAAAUCGUUGGCCAGGUUCCCCUCAGCCCCUAUCCUGAUGCUCGCCGGGAGCCUCAGCCAGGAGUUAACAGAGACUGAUUAUCACUUUGACGAUUUUAAGAAUUUUGGGAGCUGUGUGCCAGGAAAUCGGGAUGAAGACUAAAUAUGUAUUUUACAGUAUCACAGCAUACAUAAAAAAGAAAGUAAAAUCACCAUGGCCCCACUGUCUGGAGGUAUUUACUGGCAGUCCUUUGUUGCGCAUCCUUCAGAAUCAUUUUCUGUAUACCUGAUGUAUGUGCAUAUAUAAGUAUGUAUGUAUUGUACCAUUUUAAACUUUAUUGUGGCAAAGUGUCCAUCCCAUGUACUUUACCGUUUUAACCCCUUUUGAGUGUGAAAUUCAGUAGCAUUUUGAGUACAUACAUUCUCCUUAUUGAGCAACCCUCAUCGCUGUCCAUCUUUGUUGUAUGUGUUGACAAAAUAAGAAUUCUGCUUUACAGUAAAGAAGAAAAUCGUUUAUUCUGAGCCAAACAUGAGUGACCAUGACCUAGGAAGGCAGAUUCAAGAUACUUUAGUGACAUGUUCUGACUGGAAGGAGGUUAUACGAAUUCUUAUAGCCAGAGAACAAAGAGAGGCAUUACUACAUUUAACAAAUAGUUAAAUUUGGCAUCAGGUAGGCAGCCUGUUGCAAAGGAGGAAAUCUUUCCUAUAGAAAUCAGGUAUUAUCCCACUCUUCGCCUUAGGGUUGGUGGAGACUGGAGUUCUAUUAAGCUGAGCGAUACAUUCCAGAACGUUUACCUCAUAGGAGAAUGUGAGGUCAGAUAACAAAUGUUAAAAUAAGUGGCUGGUUUUCCAGAGCUCUUGCGAUAGCCCAGGAUAAUCUGAGCUCUGCACCUGUAGCACUCCGUCUCUCAGUCACCAUGUUCUACUCAGCUGAGGUGGCAGUGACCUUCGAGGAUGUGGCUGUGCUCUUUACUCGGGAGGAGUGGAGGAAGCUGGACGCUCUGCAGAGAAGCUUGUACCGGGACGUCAUGCUGGAGAACUACAGGAACCUGACUUCCCUGGGAUUCCCCUUUACCAAACCAAGGGUGAUCUCCCUGUUGCAGCAAGGAGAGGAUCCCUGGAAGGUUGAGAAAGAAAACCCUGGAGGCCCCUCUCUCGGAUGGAAGAGCAGUUAUAAAACCACAAGGUCAACUCAAACACAAGACUCUUCGUUUCAGGACCUGAUGAUGAAAAACCUCAAAAGGAAUGGAGCCUGGGACUUGAAAUCAGAAAAACUUUGUAUAUAUGAAGACAAAUUCAAGAAGCCAGAUAAAAAGGAAAGUUUUCAGAUAGUUUCAAUCACCCACAAAAAAAUCGUGACUGAAGAAAGAAGCCAUAAAAAUUCUGAAUCCAGCCAAAACUUCAGCUCAAAGUCAGUUGUUCCCAGAGAGAAAACACCACCAAAAUGUGAAAAGGAAGGAAACGUUUUCAAACAGAAUUCAAAUUUACCUACUCAGCUGAAAGUCACAGCAGAGAAACGCUAUCAAUGUAAUAUGUGUGACAAAACCUUCAUUAGCACUUCAUCCCUUCGAAAGCAUGAGAAAAACCAUAGUGGAGAGAAAUUAUUUAAAUGUAAGGAAUGUUCAAAAGCCUUUAGCCAAAGUUCAGCUCUUAUUCAACAUCAAAUAAUUCAUACUGGAGAAAAGCCCUACAUAUGUAAAGAGUGUGGGAAAGCCUUCACUCUCAGUACAUCCCUUUAUAAACAUUUAAGAACCCACACUGUAGAGAAAUCCUAUAGGUGUAAGGAAUGUGGUAAAGCCUUCAGCCGAAGGUCCGGGCUUUUCAUACAUCAGAAAAUACAUGCUGGAGAAAACCCUUAUAAAUAUAAUCCAGGUAGGAAGGCAUCUAGUUGCAACACAGCCCUUCCUGGUCAAAUAAUUUAUUCCAGAAAAAAGUCUUAUUUAUGUAAUGAGUGUGGUAACACCUUUAAAUCCAGCUCAUCUCUUCGUUAUCAUCAGAGAAUUCAUACUGGAGAGAAGCCUUUCAAAUGUAGUGAAUGUGGGAGAGCCUUCAGUCAGAGUGCAUCACUCAUUCAACAUGAACGAAUUCACACUGGAGAAAAGCCCUACAGGUGUAAUGAAUGUGGAAAAGGCUUCACUUCUAUCUCACGACUCAAUAGACAUCGAAUAAUUCAUACUGGAGAGAAAUUUUAUAAUUGUAAUGAAUGUGGCAAAGCCUUAAGUUCCCAUUUGACCCUUAUUAUUCAUGAGAGAAUUCAUACUGGAGAGAAACCAUGUAAAUGUAAAGUAUGUGGGAAAGCCUUCAGACAAAGUUCAGCUCUCAUUCAACAUCAAAGAAUGCAUACUGGAGAACGACCCUAUAAGUGUAAUGAGUGUGGCAAAACAUUCAGAUGUAACUCAUCCCUUAGUAAUCAUCAAAGAAUUCAUACUGGAGAGAAGCCUUAUCGGUGUGAGGAAUGUGGGAUGUCAUUUGGCCAAAGUUCAGCUCUUAUUCAACACCGAAGGAUUCAUACAGGAGAGAAACCCUUUAAAUGUAAUACAUGUGGGAAAACUUUUAGACAAAGCUCCUCACGUAUUGCACAUCAGAGAAUUCAUACAGGAGAGAAGCCCUAUGAGUGUAACACAUGUGGGAAACUUUUCAACCACAGGUCAUCCCUUACUAAUCAUUAUAAAAUUCAUAUGGAAGAGGACCCCUAGAAAGUAGAUUUGCAUGUGUAAAAGUCUAAAAGCAAAGCUCAUCGUCAGAUGCACACUUGAAAAUGUUACAGUGUCAUGGCAGGCCAAAAACAAAUUCCUGUAAUCAUUUAGUUUCCAUCAAAUAUUAAAUCUCAUGGAUAAAAUCUUAACUAUGUAUCAGAUAGGAAAUUGUUCAUACCUGUUGGACAUUUUUUUAAGUAACGAGAUGAAUUCAUAACUGGAGACAUUGACUUUGGGCAUUUGUAAAAUAAAGAUGUUUGUUUUUCCUCAAUAAAAGUAUACACUUAGACGUAUGUGAUCAUCAAAAAUAUCCGAGUGGAUAGGGAGCUGUGCUCUGGAUUUCACGUAAAACCACCAAACUACACUGGAAAAUAUUUUUAUAAUGUUUUAAUAAUGUAGGAAAGGAUAAAUCACAUAAAUUAUACAUUUUUAAAGAAAAGACCAAAAUAAAAUAUAAAAAUGAACUGAAAACUACCUCUCAUUCUCUAAAGUGUAUCCUUUUUCUGACCUAAAGUCAAACAUUGUGCAUGGAUUUCCUUAAAAUGGAAGAAAAUUUAAAUGUGGUCUAUUCCUUUGUUUUGCUAUUAAUAGCUGUGAAUUGGAAAUUAAAUUAUCUACCCAA